AUGAGGUGCCCGGUGGUGCUCUUUGCAGUCCUUGCUCUCUCCCAGGGCAGUGAGAUCGCCAGGAUCCCUCUGCACAAAGGGAAGUCGCUGAGGAGGGCCCUGGAGGAGCGUGGGCUCCUGGGGGACUUUCUGAGGGAACACCAGUAUGCGAUCAGACGGAAGUAUUCCAGCUUUGGGGAGGUGGCCAGCGAGUCUCUGACCAGCUACCUGGAUAGCGAGUACUUCGGGAAGGUCUCCAUUGGGACCCCGCCCCAGGAAUUCACCGUGGUGUUUGACACGGGCUCCUCGGACCUCUGGGUGCCCUCCAUCUACUGCACCAGCAAUGCCUGCCAAAACCACCACCGCUUUGACCCGUCCAAGUCCCGCACCUUCCAGAUGCUGAGCAAGUCCCUGUCCAUCCGGGAUGGCCUGGGCAGCAUGCAGGGCUUUCUGGGCUACGACACUGUCACCGUCUCCACCAUUGUGGACACCCACCAGACCGUGGGCCUGCGCACCCAGGAACCUGGCUUCAUCUUCACCUACUCCGAGUUUGACGGGAUCCUGGGGCUCGCAUACCCCUCUCUUGCCUCCGACUACUUCAUGCCCGUGUUCGACACCAUGAUGAACAGAUACCUGGUGGCCCAUGACCUGUUCUCAGUUUACAUAAGCAGGAAUGACCAGGGGAGCACGCUCACGCUGGGGGCCAUCAACCCGUUCUACUACGCAGGCAGCCUGCACUGGGUGCCCGUGACCAGGCAGGCAUACUGGCAGUUCACCGUGAACAGUGUCACCAUCCAUGGUGUCACGGUGGCCUGUGACAACAGCUGUCAGGCCAUCCUGGACACGGGUACCUCCUUGCUGGUUGGGCCCAGCAGUGACAUCCUCAACAUCCAGAAGGCCAUUGGAGCCACAGAGGGCCAGUAUGGCCUGUUUGACAUCGACUGCGCAAGCCUGAGUAGCAUGCCCACGGUUGUCUUUGAGAUCCACCACAAAGAGUUCCCAUUGCCACCCACUGCCUACACCAGCCAGGACCAAGGCUCCUGCUCCAGCGGUUUCCAGGGUGAUGAUCAUUCCCAGCAGUGGAUCCUGGGGGAUGUCUUCAUCCGGGAGUACUACAGCGUCUUUGACAGGGCCAACAACCGCGUGGGACUGGCUAAGGCUGUCUGA